UGUGCCCGCCCGCCUGCCUCCCACUCCCCGUGUAUGUGAAGGAACUAGCAGCAGUAGUCGGUCCGACACUUAGCUUGUUAGCUGUGUUGAUAGAAAAAAAAAAAGAAGGAUCCGUCUCGGACUACGCAGGCUGUACAGGCGCGGAUCAGGUCUGAUUUUUCUCCUCUUUUUCUUCCCCCCCUCAUUUAUUUAUUUUUUUUUGUGUGAGGAGAAGAACAAGUUGGCCAUCACCGCUCUGCAGCCAGUUGUUUUGAUGUCACUUGAGGAAUCAUGAGCACAGCCAAGCCCAGUGGGAUUAAAGGGCCCAGUAAGAUAGCCAGGCCGCCUGGACCGGCAGCCCCCAAGACUAACCCCAGCACAGCUAAAUCUGCAGUGGGUGAAAAAUCAGCUGCCGGAGCCGGCGGAGGAGCUGCCAAAAGCAGUGAAGAGGAGAGCUUCCAGAUCGGGGAGCGAGUAUGGGUGAACGGGAAUAAGCCAGGCUACAUACAGUUUUUGGGAGAAACGCAGUUUGCCCCAGGACAGUGGGCGGGGAUUGUUUUAGACGAACCAAUUGGAAAGAACGAUGGCUCGGUGGCGGGCGUGCGAUACUUCGAGUGCGAUGCCCUGCGAGGGAUCUUCACCCGCCCGUCCAAGUUGUCCCGCACCGAGGAAGAGGCCAAUGGAACCCAGACGGCGCCGGCCUCUCGCGCCGCUUCCCCGACUCCUUCGGUCGGAAGCGUGGUCUCACAAACCCCCGCCUCAAAAUCAGCUGUACCCUCAAGCAAUUCAGCAGCUAAGAAGCCCUCCUCCGCUAUACCAGCAGCAACGACGUCCAACCUCACGCGCACAAACAGCGAAUCCGUGUCCAACCUCUCAGACACUGGAUCCGUCAAGAAGGGAGAAAGGGAGCUGAAGAUGGGGGACCGUGUAUUGGUUGGUGGGACAAAGGCAGGUGUGGUGCGGUUUCUCGGGGAAACGGAUUUUGCCAAAGGCGAGUGGUGCGGCGUGGAACUGGACGAGCCUCUGGGGAAAAAUGACGGGGCGGUUGCGGGCACAAGAUAUUUCCAGUGCCAGCCCAAGUAUGGCUUAUUUGCUCCCGUGCACAAAGUCACACGCAUUGGCUUCCCGUCCACCACGCCAGCCAAAGCAAAAACAACAGUUCGGAAAGUCGUGACCACACCGUCGGGGCUGAAGAGAAGCCCUAGUUCCUCCUCCAUCAGUACCAUGAGCUCCGUGGCAUCUUCUGUCAGUGCCAAGCCCAGCCGCACAGGCCUGCUAACUGAGACAUCAUCAAGGUACAAUCGAAAGAUUUCAGGCACCACCGCUCUGCAGGAGGCGCUGAAGGAGAAGCAGCAACACAUUGAGCAGCUCAUGGCUGAAAGGGACAUGGAGAGAGCCGAGGUUGCCAAGGCCACGAGUCACGCUGGAGAGAUGGAGCAAGAAAUCACGCUGCUCAGGGACGAUCAGGAGCAGAUGGAGACGAAGAUGGACCAGUUGCGCUCCUUGGUAGAAGCUGCAGACAAAGAGAAAGUGGAGCUGCUGAAUCAACUGGAGGAAGAGCGCAGGAAAGUGGAGGACCUUCAGUUCCGCGUGGAAGAAGCAUGUAUUACCAAAGGAGACCUGGAGACGCAGACCAGACUGGAGCAUGCCCACAUUAAGGAGCUUGAACAGAGCCUGCUCUUUGAAAAGACCAAAGCUGAGAAACUCCAAAGAGAGUUAGAAGACACUAGGGUUGCUACUGUGUCAGAAAGGUCCCGUAUCAUGGAUCUUGAGAGGGAUCUUUCAUUGCGCACAAGAGAGGUAGCCGACCUGCAGCUACGACUGGACAUGCAGGAUGGCUCUAAGGACUCGGACUCCGCUGUGUCUCCCCUCCUUGACGAGAUAAAGUCUCUGAGGGAUCAGCUGACGUCCCUCGAAGCCAAGCGGCAAGAAGAACUAGACAACUACAAGGAGAAGGUAGAGGCUCAGGAGAAAACCCACAGCGAGGCGGUUGCCCAGCUUCAAGCCACAUCUGUGAGGCUGUCUGGCGACAAAGAGCAGUUGCAGAUGCGAUUGAGCCAAGCCGAGAAAGAAAACGCAGACGCUGUUGAACUGUGGCGCUCGAAGUUGGAGUCUGCUCUGACCUCUCACCAGCAAGCCAUGGAAGAGCUGAAGGCGUCCUUCAGCAAAGGGGCCGAUUCCCAGACACAAGAGCUCAUAGAAACCAAAAGUGCAUUAGAAACGCUGAAGGUGGAGCACAAGCUGGCUCUGGAGGAGUCCGGAGCCAAGCACGAGGCCGACGUCUCGGCUUGGACCCUGGAGAAGGAGAAGCUGAAGACGCAGGUGUUGACCUUGACCGAGGAGAAGGAGCGCCUGGAGGAGUCUGUGCGCUCCGGCGUGGAGAAGGCCGAGGAGCAGCACCUCGUCGAGAUGGAGGACGUUCUUGGGAAGCUUCACGCUGCCGAGCUUCGGGUGAAGGAGCUCGAGGAAAAAGAAGCAGCGCAGGCAAAACAGGCGCAAGAGAAGGACGAGAAAACCAAAGAGCAGAUGGCAGAGAUGGCGGCUCUACGCAGCCAAGUAGCACAGAGCAACCAGGAGCUCUCCACCCUGAGGAGUCGGUUACAGGACGCUCAGAGCCAGGGAGACAACCAGGGGGCCAAGGUCAGUGAUUUGAACUCUCAGCUGGAGGAACAACAGAAGGAAGUGCGCUCUCUGCAGCAGAGUCUGAGCACUGCGGAGCAGGAGAAGGACUCCCUGGACAAGGAGUUGAGAGAUCUGAAACAAAAGCUGUCUGAAAGCACAGAGAAGCAGACGAAAUCUGAUAAAGCUAUGCAAGACAUCUCUGAGAAACUUGGUAAAAAGGAAGAGCAGUGCACAUCUUUGGCCACAGAAUCGGAGGCUCUGAAAGUUCAGCUUUCUGGACUGGAGCGGAAACUGAAGGCUGCAGAUGAAAAGCUGGAGCAGCUUUCAAAAGACAAAGCCAAGCUGGAAAAUGACAUUUCAGAAAUGAUGAAGGCGUCUGGUGACAGUUCUGUGCAGCUGACCAAGAUGAACGAGGACCUCACCCAGAAAGAAAGGAGGGUAGAAGAGCUGCAGAACCAGCUUGCAGAGGAAAAGGAGAAGGCUGCACUUUAUGAUGAAAAACUUCAAAAGGAGCAGUCCAGCAGAGACAAGGAGCUGAAAGAGACCCGAGAUGUCCAUCAGACAGAAAUAAACCGUCUACAGGAGAACAUUGAAGCCUUGGAGAAGACUGCGAAACUGAAAGAGACCUUGGUUGAAGAGCUGAAGGCUUCUCAUGAGAAAUCAGUCCUUCAGGCCUCAGAGCAGCAUGCGAGAGAGGUCGAAGGACUGCACAGUCAAAUUAACGGUUUAAAGCAGGAGCUCUCCUCCUCCAAGGACAAAAGCAGUGAGCUGGAGAAGAAGGUAUCCGAGCUGCAACCAUACAAAGAGCAAGCUCAGCAUCUUUCUGCUGAGCUUGACACACGCAAGCAUGACGUUGAACUUUUUUCCCAAAAAGUGGAACAACAGAGUCUAGAACUGGGAAAUAUGUGUAAGGAAAAUGAGGAUGCUAAAGCUGAGAAGGGCGAGCUGGAGAAACGGCUCUCCGAAGUAAAGACGAAGCUUUCUGCACUCGAGGUUAGCCAUCAGGAGCUUUCAGUUCGCACUCGAGAGCUGCACGCAACGAAAGAGAUACUUUUAAAGCGCGAGGAGGAGCUGCUCACCGACAACAAGCGUUCAGAUGAAGAGAGGACUUCACUGAAGAGAGAACUGGAGAAUCUUCAGCAUCUGCUUCAAGAGGCACAGGCUGAGAACAAAGGACUGAAGCAGACGACCGGUGAAUGUCAGGCCCAGAUCGAAGAGCUCCAGAGACAAGUUUCUGAGAAGAAUGAAGUUAUCCUGAAUCAUCAGCAGACCAUCCAGCAAACCGAGUGCAAGAAGAAGCAGCUGCUCGAAGAUUAUGAAAAUGUCUGCAAAGAGAAGAGCCAGGUCGAAGAGGAUUUCAGUGAAAGCAAGUCCAAACUCAUGCGUGAAAAAGACGAUCUGUUAUCGGAAAGAGAUGCUGCAAGAAAUGCCAAAAAGGCUCUCGAUACCAAGAACACGGAGUUGCAGGCGAAACUUAAAUCCUUGAACUUGGAGAAAGAAGAUCUCACUCUGAAGAACACCCAGCUCCAGGCGCUCGCAGAAAAUCUGGAGAAGGAGAAGACGCAGCUGUCCUCUGAAGUUAGUGCUGUUCUGCAGGAUAAAAACAGUCUGGAGACGGUGAAGGAGGAACUCCAGAGUAGACUGAGUGUCGCCAUGAAAGAUUUGGAGAACCUCGCACACGAAUCUGAAGAACUCAAAGCCUCAAAAACAAGCUUAACUCAGAUGCUCGAGGAUUUCAAGACGAGCAGCCAGGUAACUGAUUCUGAAAGGCUCCACCUUCUGCAGGAGAAAGAAGACCUUCUUGCGAACCAAAGAAAAGUCUCAAAUGAUAAUGAGAAGCUGCUCAGAGAGAUACAGGAAUUAAAAGAAAAGCUUCAGACCUUUGAGGAACAGAUGUCUCAGUCUAAUGAGAAGCACAAAGAGGCCUUAUUAACUUUUGAGCAAGAGAAGCAAGCGUUUCACACUCAGAAUUCUGAAUCUGAAAUGGCUCUACAUGCUUUAAGGAAAGAGAAAAUGAGUCUGGAUUCCUCACUCGAGCAGCAGAAGAUGGAUUAUGAGCGUCUGGUGGAGGAGAAGGGGGAGCUUGAGGAGAAGCACACAAAGAUCCAGACUGAGAAAAAUGCUCUUUCUCUUGAACGUGAUAAACUAGCGAGUGAAAUCCGAAUAGUUCAGGACCAGCUGGAUAGUUCCUCUCGGUCUUGUGCUGAUCUUGCUCAAGAAAAACAUCAUUUAGCAGCAACGCUGGAGGAAACCAUGCAGCAAAAAGAUGACUUUGAAGCACAGUUGAUCACUUCAAAACGAGAAAAGGCCGACCUGCAAAACAAGCUGGAGAAAUACUUGUCUAACACAGAAGUUCUUGAAAAAGGCAGAUCUGAACUCAUGGAAGAACACGGUAAACUGAAGGAGGACUUUGAAAAAGCUAAAGCAGAGCUCAGUCAACAGGUGGAGAGCCUCUCAAAAGAUCGCCUGCGCCUUGAGUCGCUGCAGAGCGAGGCCGAGGGGAAGGUGCAGUCCCUGCAGAAGGAGAAACAAGAGCAGAUUCAGGAGAUCCAGAAGUUAAGAAGUGAGAUUCAGUCGGAGUCCGAGGCCAGGCAGCUCCUGGACAAGCAGCUGCAGGCCGAAUCCAGCGAGCGGAAUAAAGCGGUGUCCGAUAGAGACGGCCUUUUGGAACAAAUCAAGGAGCUGCAGAAAACGCAGGAAGAAGCUUCCCGCAGCGUCUCCCACCUGACGGCGCAGAGGGACGCUCUCCAGGUGGAGAGAGACGAAGCGUUCCAGCAGGUCACCCAGCUUCACUCGCAGCUAAAAAAUGCAAUGUCUGAGCAGCUUGAGGCUUCAGAGGCGACGAGCAAGACCACCGAGGCUCUGGAACAGCUGGCGAAAGAGAAAGCCGCUUUAACGCAGGAGAAGAACAAAGUCCAGUCCCUGCUGGAGGAACUGCAGUCAUCCAAGAAGGAACUCCAGACGCAACUGGAAACGGUGAAAAAGGAGAACUCAAAAUAUCAAGAAGAGCUAAAAAUAUCCAAAGAGCAGAUUUGCACAGAAGCUGAGAGGACCAAGACUCUGUGCCUGGAGAUAGAGAAGCUUAAAGAUGCUGCUGCAGUGAUGACGGAGUCUCAGAAAACGCUGCAAGACGAGAACAGCAAGCUGAGCCAGAAGCUCGACAGCAACCACAGAGACCACAGUGAUCUGGGGAAGCUGAAGGAUGAGCACUCCAGCCUCAAGAAAGAGUUAGACAAGCUGAAGAAGAGCCUGCCAAAUAAUGCCUUGAGUGAGAGCACCUUGAAGGAGCAGCUGGACAAGGAGAAGGCCGCCUUCAAGCAGUUCACCUGCAAAAACAGUGCCUUAAUCUCAGAAAAGGACCAGCAGGUGGAAAACCUGAAGAGCGAGUUGGAUUUGCUGCGUGGGGAAAGUGCCUCGGUUAAGACGCUGCAGGGCACCAUUCAGGUCCUGGAGCAGGACAAAGUCAACCUACAGGAGCGCAUGAAGAGGCUGGAGAAGGACCUGGCUGCAAAGUCCGACGCCAUCAACAACCCCUCAGGUGAUCCAAUUUUAGACCAGCUACGGGAGGAUAAGGAGGAUGCAGAGAGCCAGGCAGCGAUUGAGUUCCUGAACUCGGUCAUUGUGGACCUCCAGAGGAAGAACAAGGACCUCCAAGACAAACUGGAAAAAAUGGCAGCUGCAGCUCUCAACGGGAACAAUCCAAGUGACGUGGAUAACUAUGAAGGUGACCAGCGGUCGGCGAAGAAGAAGCCUCCGCCGCGGCUCUUCUGCGACAUCUGCGACUGUUUCGACCUGCACGACACCGAGGACUGCCCCACGCAGACGCAGGAGCCCGAGUCGCCCCCGCACACCACCUACCACGGCAAUAAGGGGGAGCAGCGGCCCUACUGCGACAUCUGCGAGAUGUUCGGCCACUGGACCGACUCCUGCAACGACGACCAGACCUUCUGAAGCCUUCUCCUCGAUCGCACAAUCACUAUAUUUGCACAUCAUGUUACAGAUAUGCUGUGCUUCUCGGUCCUGUCGGCGUGUACGUGCGUGUUUCGUGUGCUUGUUUUUGCCAAGCAGCUUUGUCAACAUCAGCCCUUAAGCGCUCCAACAGGAGAACGUGACCUCCCCAAAAAUAAGUAAAUAAAUAAAAUUUUUAUCCGAAAGUCUGUAUGAGUGAAAGGGGGCAAUCUGUGGACAUAUCUUUCUGUGGGAAGUCUUUUUCACACUUUAUUUAUCAAUAACCUACCAUUGUUUGCACAGUGUUGUCAGGGGGUUGACAAAGAUAAUAUACUGUCAUUAAAGGUGUUUAUUUGAAGGUUGGUAAAUGACUUGAUUUAAAAGAAUAAAUGUCAGUUUGUGCAAAAAAAAAAAAAAAUGGUGAGCUAAAGUUUAUUUUUAUAUGCCUGAAAAUAUGGUGUAAACUUUAAACGUUUGAUAAUAUGGGUGUAACUUGUGACGGGGGAGAUGGAGCAGUGUCGUCUAGUGCGGUUUGGCUUUAAAAGGAUCUUUUUUUUACAGUCUUCAUGAAGAGAACGGGGCGAAAUGAGUGAGAAAUGAGCACUUCACACUUGUUCUGUUGCUGGCUCCACUUCAAUGGCCUUUCCUAAAAGUUUUUCAGCAGUGAGAAGAAGCUCACCCGUGUUUGAAAAUUAAACUUUAAGGCAUUUUCUUGAAAACUGUUUUGAAUAUCUGUAUACAAAUAAAAUUUAUGAAU